AUGGCGGUUCCUAUAUUGCUAGUACUUAAGAAGGAUGGAUCUUGGCGAAUGUGUGUUGAUCGCCAAGCUAUCAACAUAGAUGAAUUGCAUGGAUCUUUUUAUAGUUGCACUUUGCAUGAACAUGUUGAACAUUUGCGACUUGUUUUGGAUAUUUUAAGAGCUGAAAAGCUCUAUGCCAAUCUCAAAAAGUGUAUCUUUUGCAUGGAUAAACUUGACUUUCUUAGUUAUAUUGUUAGUGCUAAGGGGAUUGAGGUUGAUGAGGAAAAAGUGAAAGCCAUCAAGGAAUGGCCGACGCCUGAGGGAGUUGGGGAUGUAAGGAGUUUUCAUUGUUUGGCUAGUUUCUAUAGGAGAUUUGUUAAGGAUUUUAGUACAGUAGCCGCCCCUCCCACUGAAUUUAUCAAACAAAGUGUUUGGUUUAAGUGGGGUGAUGAGCAAGAAAAGGCUUUUCAUUUGAUUAAGGAUAAGUUGUCUUCUGUACCUUUUCUUGCUUUACCUAACCUUACAAAAAGUUUUGAGAUUGAAUGUGAUGCUUCAUGA